AUGCACAGACCUCUUUCUCGCCUAUCAAAGCGCAAUGUCAUAGGCUUUCACUCUUCUGCUUAUGCUAAAAGCCAGGUUUUGCAAGCAAAACCCAAGCCUCAGACUGCUAUCUUCAAGUACAAAGAAGAGAGCGAAGAAAAGGAAAAAGGAAAGGAAAAAGUCAAGGGUCAAUCUACGAGAUAUGCCAAACGGAAUCCUCUCGGAGUGCAGUUGCUCUCCAAAUCCCUCCAUCAGCAAAUAUUUAAGAAUUGUUCUUUUCCUUCACCGGCGAAAGAGUUCGUCAACAUAUCACUCGAGCAUUUAUCCCUACACGGCCUCGAUCCUUCGCAGUCCUCUACACUUCCUCCGACCGAAUUCACCUUACCCCCUUUGCAAGGAGACAAUCUAUCUCAACACUUUCACCGCAUUGGUUUGGCUGCAUCGGAACCUUACCUGGCACUGGCAGAGCAGUUCUCAGAGACGGAAAUUCCACCUAUCCCUGAAAACUGGGAGCUACAGGCAGGAUGGACGAAAUAUUAUCACCGUACCGACGGAUCUGACUAUUCAGAGCAUGUUCCGUAUCCAAUCCACGAUGACAAGCCAGAGCAGAUACUGACCUUCGACGUUGAGACGAUGCCAAAGUAUCACUCCUAUCCGAUAAUAGCUUGUGCAGCUACUGCUAAUGCGUGGUACGUCUGGCUCUCACCAUGGAUAUUGGAUCCUUCAUCGAAUUCAUAUGCGCACCUUGUUCCAAUGGGCCCAGCCCAUGUUCCGCGUAUCAUUGUUGGACAUAACGUUUCUUAUGAUCGUGCUCGUAUAUUAGAGGAGUAUCAUCUCAAUGGAACGAAAACCCGAUUCCUUGACACCAUGUCCCUCCAUGUUGCAACAAAGGGCAUUUCUUCACAUCAACGGCCUGCAUGGAUGAAAUACCGAAAGAACAAAGAGGACGAGAUCUCCAGAAGAGACGAGGCUACAGAAGCUGUUUUCCAUCUCAAGCAAGAAGUGGACGAACAGGUCGAGGUGCUCCAGAAGGAAAUGAAGGGCGGCCUCCGGAAUAUCGCCGAACCACAAUUCCAAAAAUUGUUGGAUUUACAACGGAAUUUGGAGGUCUCCCUGCCCGUUUUGCAAGCCUCACAAGCUGCGUCUUUAGCCUCUGCCAGUGAAGAUCUAGAUCUAUCCACACAGCCAAUUCUCGACGACCACGAUGCUCCACUGGACACACCUUCCAAACGUUGGGAGGAUAUCACUUCCGCCAAUUCCCUAGUCGACGUAGCGCGACUUCAUUGCAGUAUCAACAUCUCAAAAGACAUUCGCAAGGACCUCUUGAAGUGCACAAGAGAAGAGAUAUCCUCAAAUAUUUGCGAUUACAUUACUUAUUGCGCGGGUGAUGUCGACGUUACUCAUAAGGUGUACCAAAAGGUACUUCCUGGUUUCCGGAACACAUGUCCUCAUCCUGUGAGCUUUGCUGGGAUCUUGACAAUGGGAAGCGGGUUUUUACCCGUGAAUGAGGAAUGGGGAAUGUAUCUGGAGAGAGCAGAAGGUGUAUGGAGGGCUUUAGAGAAACGGGUACGAGAUGGCUUGGAAAAACUUGCGAGAUCGGCAAUGGAGACUUUCCCGGUCAUGCCUGAAGAAAUUGGAAGGCAGGCGCCGAAGUGGAAAGACGACGUGUGGCUGAGUCAGUUAGAUUGGACGCCAAAAAUCGCGGGACAGAGUCGCGGAGUAGUUCCACAGGAGGGGAACGUUCAGGAUCAUGAACUUGAGAAAACUCUCCCAGCUUGGUACGCAACGUUGAAAGCCAACCCUCUCUCAAAGAAAAGUGUUGAGCGGGUUCUUCCCCUAUUACUUCAAAUGUCGUUCGAAACCCUUCCAAUGAAAUUUACACCGAAGGAAAAAUGGUUCUACAAUCCACCUGAUGACGAGGAUAAAGUCAUUCGCUUGCCAACGUCUAAAAGGGGACAGAAAACUGGGUCUUUACUUUCUCGCCUUCACGGGCUACCGUUACUUGAGAAUGGAAGUAUGUCUUCUCCUCACAUUAACCUGGCCAUCAGAGUCAGUCGAGGGGAGUCUGAUAGAGAUCUCAAAGAUGCGUUACUGAAGUUGGGGGAAGAAUUAUACCAUGAUCACACUCAUGCGAGCUGUGAGGAAGACCCAUGGUUUUGCCAGCUCGAUUGGAAGGAGGUGGUGCGCAGCUCGGAUGAGAAACUCAAACCCAAAAAGCAACAAAAGCCUCCUCUCGUGUAUUGGCCGAAGUGGUUUUGGGAUCUUGCCAAACCGAAGAGAGAUAUGCCUCCAGGGUCACUCGAUAUUACCAUCCGCAACCGUUUUGCCCCUCUUCUUCUCAAAAUGUCUUGGCUUGGAUUCCCCCUUUUCUACUCCAAAGAAUAUGGCUGGAUAUUCCGCGUUUCUUCGUCCGAUUUGUCCCAGGAAAAAUAUCGGAGGUUAAAACCUUUGAAUUUUUACGAGCCUGAAGACGAGAAAAUGGCGGAAGCAGUUCAAAAAGGGGACUAUGUCUUUUGCAAAUUGCCGCAUAAGGACGGAGAUAAGGCAAAUGUUGGAAGUCCAUUGGGGAAAGGAUUCCUGAGAUUUGCCGUGGAUGGUGUCCUGACAAGCAGUGCAGGAGAUGAACUCAAGGAGCUUGUAGAUAUCGGUGUCAAGUGCAGCUAUUGGAUUAGUGCCAGAGAUCGAAUUCUGAACCAAAAGGUUAUCUGGUCUGAUACCACGAAGCAGAACGAAUGGGAUAUGGGAUUUCCUACCUCGCCGUCAGUCCCCGCAGAGGUAAUUAGGGAGAGGAAGUGGGGUAUAAUCCUUCCUCAAGUUAUUACGAUGGGAACCGUUACGAGGCGUGCCAUUGAGAAGACGUGGUUAACUGCCAGUAACGCGAAGAAAAACCGCGUUGGCUCAGAGUUGAAGGCGAUGGUCCGUGCGCCUCCUGGAUACGCAUUAGUAGGUGCCGAUGUUGAUUCGGAGGAACUGUGGAUCUCCAGUUGUAUGGGUGAUGCACAGUUUGGAAUGCAUGGCGCGACAGCGAUAGGUUGGAUGACCCUGGAAGGAAAUAAAGCUGCUGGGUCCGACCUACAUUCUAAGACUGCCAAUAUCCUUGGCAUAUCUAGGGACCAGGCAAAGGUUUUCAACUAUUCGCGUAUAUACGGUGCAGGAAUGCGGCACGCGAUAUUAUUGUUAUUGCAGGGAAACUCCAACAUGACACCCGAGGAAGCUCACAAACUCGCGGAAAACCUUUACGCCUCAACCAAAGGGAAAAAUACACACAGAAUGGAUAUGUUCGGGCGAAAGUUUUGGUUUGGAGGGUCUGAAAGCUUUCUGUUCAAUAAGCUCGAGGCAAUCGCCACUUCGGAUAAACCCCAAACGCCUGCAUUAGGAUGCGGAGUUACCAACGCUCUCAUGAAAGACUGUCUUCCAACCGAGUUUGGUUCGGAUUACCUUCCCUCCAGAAUUAACUGGGUCGUUCAAUCCUCCGGAGUCGACUACCUUCAUCUUCUUAUCGUAUCGAUGGAUUUCUUGAUCAGCAGAUACCAAAUCGAUGCGAGGUAUCUCAUUUCUGUUCAUGAUGAACUGAGAUAUCUCGUGAAAGAAGAAGAUAAGUAUCGGGCUGCGCUUGCGAUGCAAAUCGCCAACCUUUGGACGCGAUGCAUGUUUGCAUAUAAACUCGGAAUGGAUGACCUGCCCCAGGGCGUAGCGUUCUUCUCCGCCGUCGAUAUUGACAACGUUCUCCGCAAAGAAGUCGACAUGCCUUGUGUAACCCCUUCCCAGCCCACUCCCAUCGCCCCCGGAGAAAGUCUAGAUAUCGGUGGUGUGCUAACGAAAACGAACGGAGGAUCGUUAUGGAAAGAUGGACGGUCGAUGUUGGAGUCUAGUGCCAAAUUUGUGGGAACCCUUGAUGGAUACGUCGAGCCCGAUUGUCUAGGGCACCGGGCGUCGAACGCUGCUUUCCUCCGAGCCCAAACAACGCGAGAUUUAAAUGAAGUCAAACACCUCGCCAAACAUGUUUCCGGUACCAAAUUCAGCGGCGAUGUUGGAGAUCAAACGAAAAGAACCAAGAGAAAACGGAGGUCCCCUCCAAUUGGGAAUGGGGAUGGCAUGGACUGGUCGGAGACUAUCGAAUAUUUACUUCAAUCAGGACGUGAACUACUAUAA